UGAAUAAUUCAUUUACCCUAUAGAAUAAUGUGACUCAGUUGAUCUGACUACUCGAUCUGACCUCAUAUCGAACGCAUCUAGACCGCUGACCACGCAUCGCGCCUGCCUACACUGCAUGACCUCACCUCCUCGUCCUCUUCACUCUAAAACUCCAUCUAUAUCCCCAUACCAUAUCCUCCAAACCACCCAUCUCAUAACCCACAUAUAUACCCAAAUACCACCACCACCAACCAUCUUAAGAAUACCAAGUCAACAUGUCAACCUGGUACACAUCCUACAAAACCUCCAUCACGGUCCUUCUCCUCGUGCUCGUCCCCAUCGUCGUGAUCUGCAGUAUCCUGGCCGUCGCCCUCGCAUGCUCGGAAUUCUGGAGCUCAUCCCGGAAAUCAGUCACUUGGGUGUUUUGGAUCAAGUCGCUGGAUCGGACUAAGGGGAAACGGAGUCAGCGGGAUUUGGAGCGGGGGGGUUCGGAGCAGCCGCAUUUGGCACAUACGGGGGUGCCUGGGUAUCGGGAGUGAA